CAACGAUAUAUAUAUUCACUGAUAUAGAAAAUAGAUAUGAUAUCCAGACAACAGUGUCGUCAUGUCGUGAAUGUGAGAAGGAAAAAUAUCGUUGUUUAUAAUGACGUAGUUAUGUAAUUUGAAUUCAGGUUGCUGGAGUGUUGAAUCCAUUACGUUUGUUUAUCUGUUGACAAGAUGACGAGUGUGAGGGGCAAGUUGGCUGUGGGUGCUGCGUUUGUCCUUAUUUGUAUAUUCUUCAACGCAAUCAAUCACACCAGUCCAGGGCGGCCACCACUGCUACCAGGACAGUUCUUUCACAGUCGUGACGUCCCUCCCCCGGGUGGGUGGUCUCAUAGAAGAGACCCUAGGGUGGUGUGCCUGGUGGUGACCUCCCCCCAGCACCACGAGGACCGCGCCCGUCACCUGGGGUCCACCUGGGGUAAGAGUGGCCACCCCAGCGCCUGCCCAGACACCAUCUUCCUCACAUCUGCCCCACACCAGGAUCUCGACCAAGUCAUCAUAUCUACCUACGCGAGGUACGAGGACCUCUGGGGUAAAGUGCUGAAGGGUUCUCACAGUGGAGUCGUCGAGGGGUGACUGGUUCCUCAAGGCUGACGACGACACCUUCAUUGUCUACUCUCACCUGUGUCACCUGUUGUCUUUCCUGGAUCCCUCUCAGCCUCUCUACCUGGGCCUGUCACUGAUGUUUCCCCUGCAGGAUGAAGAUGCUCUGGAGUAUAUGAGUGGGGGAGCUGGCUAUGUCCUGAGCCGGGAAGCAGUCAGGAGGCUACAGGAUACCAAUGUAAAGGAGUGUCAUGUACCUGGCUUGACGUCCUACGAGGAUGUCAACAUGGGUGCCUGCAUGAAGGCUUUAGGAGUGACAGCUGGUGAUACGCGGGACAGUCUGGGACGGCCCAGGUUCCUGCCAUACCCACCCUGGGUCCUUCUCGACCCCUCCCUCCAAUACCAGUCCAAGUACUCCUGGCUCCAGAGGCUCAGCAAGUACCAGUUUAAUUUUGGUGCGGAGUAUCUAAGCGACCAGGCAGUGAGCUUCCACGAGGUGAGGGAGCCAUUACACUACUACCUCCUGCAGUACCUCAUUAAUGAAGUUCGUCUGUCACCUGCAGCCUGGCCAAGUCUUCAAACUUCAUUUCCUUCCCACCACGACCAGCCUAUUCCUCUGAGAACUCAUCAUCCUUAAUACAACUUUUCCUUUUUCUUGAUACAGCCCUCUAACCCUCCAGGGUAGACUCACCUCUCCAUCAUCCAGGGUAGUUAGACCUACCUCUCCACCAUCCAGGGUAGUUAGGCCCACCUCUCCACCAUCCAGGGUAGUUAGGCCCACCUCUCCACCAUCCAGGGUAGUUAGACCCACCUCUCCACCAUC